GAGAAGUUCGCCUCACUUGUUUCGCAUCGUUUGGUGUGCAUGUCCGACACAUGUUUCAGCAGGAGCAUCAACCAAAGCACAGCGGAUCCGACUCCGUAGCCAUUUGGGCUCCAGCGCCGCCUUUGGCGCCGAAAAGCCCGCGUGCCCCACGGGGUGCGCCCGACGGCCGUGCAGACAGCAGACGUUCGCAGCCUCUCCUCGUGCGUGAUGGCGGCGGACGCCGCCGGGGGCCCCGAGCCGUCAGAGCAGAGCGUGCCGCGCAUCAUUGAGGAUGACGUGACAGGGGUCGAGAUCGAGGUUCUGGACAAGCACUGCUAUUUGCUUCGGAGCGCUCUGGGCAUGGAGGAGCAGCUGGCACUAUUCGAGCACAUCCAGGCCAACGAUAAGACCGACUGGGACGCACCGAGAGCGAUGAAUCCAUCUCCGAAGACGCUCCUGCUCGGUGACGACGAGCCCUGUCUCAGGUACGAAUUCGGGCAGGAAUCCCUGAUCAACGCAAGCAUCUCCAAGGCGAAUAACAUUUUGGGUAGGCAUCUUCGCAUCGAUGACGUGGAUUUAUGUAACUAUACGUCGAUCACGAUGGCUGCAAUCCAAUACGCAUCGCCUAAUGGUCGUUUCCCUGCGCAUAUUGACCACUGUAACGGCAGUUUCGUGUAUUUGAUGAGCCUCGGUUGCGCAGCUAAUUUUAUGGUGAAGGGACCCGGUAUGGAAUGCAAGAAGACAUUCAAGUUCAACAGCGGCGAUCUGCUGGUUUUUAACGCGUCAACCGAAGCUGCAAUUCUGCAUGAGGUCGUUAGUAUCGUGGAGGGUGAAGAAUCUUGCCCUGAAGAAUUAGGAAACAUAUUUCCAGUUCUGCGGAAGAACAGGUAUGGUGUGCAAUGCAGGGUGCACCUGUGAGCAGCGCGAACUCAGUCUGCGUGGCAGUCCGAGGGUAUCGCAGAGACAUGCACACACUGGGUGCUUGUGCCACCGAGAAAAAGCA